AUGAGUGCUACGAUCGAAUCCCACGCCGAACCCGCCGGCGGCAGUCCUGCGCCCAGUGCUACCGGCUCGACUGGCACCUCCGGCAUCACAGUGCGCAAUGGCCCUGGAGGCCAACCACUUAGCUUCAGAAGACAACGUGCAUCACGCGCGUGCGAGACCUGUCAUGCUCGAAAGGUUCGUUGCGACGCCGCCAGCCUAGGAGUCCCCUGCACCAACUGCGUGGCCUUCUCCAUCGAAUGCAAAAUUCCCUCCCCGAAAAGAAAGAAGAACUCUUCGAAGUCCAAGGAAGAUGCUCGCUAUGUUCCGUCCAAACAAUGUAGAGGAUUCGGACCAAGGGACAGUCCCCCCGACAACCGGCUUCCAUCGCCGGAAUCUGAUCCGAAGGAUGAUACGUUUGGAUACCGACCGAACAAGAUGUCUGCCGAAGGGAUGCCCAGUACCUCCUUGUCCGAAGCCGAUGCUGCUCAGCAAGCCUCCGUCGACAAUGCUUACGCUCAGUUCAUGAAGCCCAAGUUUGCUCGUGCACCCAUCAAAGAAGCAGGCCGUGUCGCAUAUUUAGGAGAAUCGUCAAAUCUAUCUCUGCUGGUCCAAGACCGCCAUGGAACUAGCGACGUCGUGCAUUACCCGCUGCCGCCGAAUAUCCGAGGAUCGCGUGCGCGACUCACGGACUUGGAUAACUUGGAGAUCGAGAUAUUGCACCAACGCGGCGCAUUCCUUUUGCCACCGAAGCCCCUGUGUGAUGAGCUCGUCGAAGCUUACUUCAAAUGGGUUGCCCCAGUGGUUCCGAUUAUCAACCGCAGUCGGCAAUCCUGCUGGCUGGCUCCAGGGUGUGCACAAACCCCCCAGCUGAUGGAUGCGAAUGGAUCGACCACGCCUGCGGCCAUGACAUUCUAUAAGCGUGCCAAGGCGCUGUACGAUGCCAAUUACGAAGACGACCGCGUUACUAUUGUGCAGGCCUUGGUAUUGCUGGGGUGGUACUGGGAAGGACCCGAGGAUGUCACAAAGAACGUUUUCUACUGGACUCGUGUGGCGAUGGUUGUUGCUCAGGGUUCAGGAAUGCAUCGUAGCGUGGAGGCGUCGCAGCUCAGCAAGCCUGAUAAGAGACUUUGGAAGCGAAUUUGGUGGACACUCUUCACCCGAGACCGCUCCGUUGCGGUGGCUUUGGGCCGACCGAUUGGAAUCAACACUGACGACUCUGACGUUGAGAUGGUGACUGAGGACGAUUUCAUCGAAGAUGAACUUGACAUGGUCGCUGAAUACCCGCCAGAUCCUGUCCACACACAAUUCUUUUUGCAGUAUGUGAAGCUCUGUGAGAUCAUGGGUCUGGUCCUCUCGCAACAAUAUUCCGUGGCUUCGAAGUCUCGACGCAUGAAUGCGAUGGAUCUUACCCACUCCGAUAUGGCCUUGGCCGAUUGGCUUCAAAACUGCCCCAAGGAGGUUUGCUGGCAACGAUCUUGCCACCGUUUCUGGGCUGCUCUUCUUCACUCAAACUACUAUACUACGCUCUGUCUCCUGCAUAGAGCCCAUAUGCCUCCUGCUUCCUCAGCCCCCAACACUUACCGAGUAGAAGAGAUGGCCUAUCCUUCGCGUACCAUUGCCUUCCAAGCAGCAGGAAUGAUGACUUCGAUCGUCGAGAAUCUUCAAGCCCACAAUGAGCUCCGAUACACUCCUGCGUUCAUUGUCUACAGCUUGUUCUCAGCUCUGAUCAUGCACGUGUACCAGAUGCGUUCUUCGGUUCCCUCAAUUGUUGCGACCUGCCAAGAACGUAUCAACGUGUGUAUGGCAGCCUUGAAGGAUGUCUCUAAGGUGUGGCUCGUAGCGAAGAUGGUUCACACCUUGUUUGAGUCCAUCUUGGGUAACAAGGUCCUCGAAGAGCGUCUCCAAAAAGCAGCUGGUCGGAGACAUCAACGCCGGCCACAAGACGGCGCUGCGGCUGCUUCCCACAAGAGAUCGUCGGACCCUCUUAAGCGAAAGUUCGAUGACAUGGAACUUGUUCUCCCUCCCCGCUACACCCCCGACUUCUUCCUUGUCACACGUAAUUCCCCCAACCUGUCCCCUUCCCUCUGGGAGAACUUCCAGCCUGAUCAGCUCUUCCCCGACGGCACCGCUAUCUUCCCCGAGCUGGCCUCCCCACCCCCGGCUGGCAUGGACCCGCAAAUGCAGAUGCCGACGGGACUUCCCGCCCAGGGCAUGUCUCAACGACAUAUGAUGGGCAACCCGGCGCAACCUGCACCUGGACGUAGUAUGUCAGUGUCGCAAAGCAGCCCACCAGUCAUCCCCGGAAUUCCACCUGCUAUGGGAAUGCGGCCUGGCCAGCAGCAGAUGUUUGGAAUGGACGGCCAGCCAUGGCCGGUGCAAGGCAUGGAUGGUACUAUGAGCGGGGCAGCGCUGGACGCUACUAGCCAGGAUAAUGACACCUGGAGCAGCAGUUCGCGCAGCGGACCGACCGCCCCAACCACUUUGAACGUGGAAGACUGGUUCCAAUUCUUUGGUAUUAAUGGUGGCUUCGCCGAUCUAGCAGCGUAG